UUGGAGCUUGAGAUAGUUGGAGCUUGAGAUUUUUUGUGUUUGGGGUUUAGGUUUUCCAAAACGAAUUUCCUCUAAAAGCAACUUUUUUUUCUUUUUUUUUUCUUGGGCUUUAAAAUAAUGUUUUUGUAGAAGCUGUGAUCAUUCUGAAGUAAACAAAUCAAUGAUAAGUUCAGUCAAAAUGACAAGAACAGGAUUGUUGAAUUGUUCUCAACUUUUACAAAAAGCUUCGAUAAUGAUUCGUUGGGAAGCUACAGACAUUAAAGACGCUGUUGUUUUAGGAAUGGGUUCAAUGAAUUCUGAAUGUUUUGAGUUUGUUUUCGGUUGUUUUUAUUUAAAAAAUAUUUUUUAUAGGCUUUUAUUUGAAGAAUUUAAUCUAAAAGGAAUUUUACGAGAAGUUGGAGAACGCAAAAACGAGACAAAUUUAAGAAGAAAAAAGAGGAAGGACGCUUUGAGAUUGCAAUUGCUUCGAAUUCUUGAACUUGCUCUAACUCGUAGACUAUUUGACCAUUCAUUUUUUGAUCGUCAUUCUGGUUCUUUGUCGCCACUUUUGCUUGAAUUUAUUGAAUCUGUUCGGUUUCAUGUUGAAUCUGAAACGAUUCGUGAUGUUAAAACAAUGAGAAUACAUUUUGCUAAAGUUGUUACUGAAAUUGUUUGCAGUGUUCCACUUGAUUUACGAGAAAAUUUGUUACCAAUGGAUUUGCGUCGUUCAUUAUUUUUCCUCUUCUUUUCUUGGUGCAGUCGAAUUUUGGCAAAUUCUAAUGAUAAUAGAAGAAAAGAAAAUGAUAUUGGUAUUCAUGUUGAACAAAAAGCAAUUCAAGCAAUGUGUGCACUUUUUUGUGUAGGAAGUGUUUUUGAAUGUCAAGGACAAUUUGGGGAUGAAGAUUAUAUUUUGAGAUGGGUAGAAGCUUUGUUGUCUUCUAAUAAUUCUACGAUUAAUGGAAUUUGUGAAGAAUUGCUUUGUACAAUGCUCCAUUUAAACGAAAAUUAUCCUCAAUUAUUUGAAAAAGUUUUACAAAUGUGUUACAUAAAAGACGAACUUGUUGGUUCACGUUGUUUUCGUUCUUUGGCUUUGCUUUUUUCUCAAAGGUUUUUUUGUAAUUUCUAUAGAUUAGAUUUUAUUUGGUUUUUAUGUUGGGUUUUGGGUUUCCUAAAAUAUUUUUGUUUUUGAAUUUUUAUUGUUUUGUGUGGGAUCUGGGCCUUUAUAUUUGGAUUGAUAAACAUUUUGGAUAAGUUUUCCUUGUGGCUAUGAUUUUAAUGCCGUCCUUCUGAUAUCCGCCUUUAUAUCCGUAGCUUUUAGAUGGUUACAAUUAAAUCCUAUAAUGAUAAGGGUCUUGAAUAGAAAUGGACAUCAUAUAUGGAUCUGGGGGAUCUCGGUUGACUUUGAAUCGCGGUUGAAUGGGUAAAUAUACGGGAAUAUUCAUUACAAAUAUUCAUUACAAAUUCAUCUUUAGG